AGCUGGGGGACGCGGGUCUGGACCUUCCUGUCAAUUAGCUCCUCCUGCAUUUGUUUACACGAUCACAGUGGCAGAAAGUAGGUCAUGGAACAACGAAACAAGACGAGCCACCUCCUCACUUCUUGAGCUUUAACUAUUUAGCGACACCAGCUAUCACAGGAGCGACAUCCCCGUGGACCUGUCGGGUUUCCGUGUCGCUGGAGGCCAGAGUUUCACAGCAGCCAGACUAAUGCCGCUCCUCAAACAUCUGGACUGAACCGGGAUCGAGUGGCCGAACUCUUCUGCCGGCGGGGACCGCUCGCUUAACCAUGUCGAGGCGCAGCAGGAACAGCCGAGCGUGGCGCUACGUCUGGGGCGGGAUCCGGAGGGAUGCCGACGCCCGGGCCCUGGUGCUGGCCUCCGAAGCUGAGCAGUGGCGCUACGACCGGCUGGAGUACAGCGAUUCUGACUCGGAGGCGGACUACUCGGCGGUGAUGGUUCCUCCGGUUCCCAGCGCUGUUCCCGUCACAGGAGAGUCGUACUGCGGCUGCGAUUCCCAGGCGGAUACCAGCUACAACCCUCGGCUGCGAGGAUUUCACCAAGUCAAAGACUGCCACUGUGGAGAGGACGACCAAGAUUUCGACUGGGUCUGGGACGCCGGCAGCCGCUCCACCGCAACGUCGCUGAGCUGCGACAACCGCAAAGUGAGCUUCCACUCGGACUACAGCUGCGGCACGGCGGCCGUGCGCGGCUCCAGGGAGCUGGCGGACGGGCAGCACUUCUGGGAGAUCAAGAUGACGUCUCCGGUGUACGGGACAGACAUGAUGGUCGGUAUCGGAACGUCCGACGUCAACCUGGACAAAUACAGGCAGACGUUCUGCAGCCUGCUGGGGAAGGACGCAGACAGCUGGGGUCUUUCUUACACCGGCCUGCUGCAUCACAAAGGAGACAAGCUGAAGUUCUCCUCCCGUUUCGGGCAAGGCUCCAUCAUCGGCGUUCAUCUGGACACGUGGCACGGCACGCUGACGUUCUUCAAGAAUCGAAAGUGUAUAGGCGUCGCAGCCACGGAGCUGCACAACAAGAGGUUCUAUCCGAUGGCCUGCUCCACCGCGGCCAAGAGCAGCAUGAAGGUCAUCCGGUCGUGCUCCACGCCCACCUCGCUGCUGUACCUGUGCUGCGCCCGCCUCCGCCGCCUGCUGCCGGACUGCAUGGACACGCUGGACGUGCUGCCCCUGCCGCCGGGCCUGCGUCAGCUCCUGCACAACAAGCUGGGCUGGGUGCUCAGUCUGAACGGCGCCAGCGCGGAGGACGCCGCCGACGGGGCCGAGCGCCCGUCGCCAGGAGCGCCGCCGGCCGGACCGCCGUUCUCGGAGAGCGACUCGGAGGGCUGCGCGUCGGACCCCGAGGCGUGUCAGAGGAAGAGGUGCCGCUGGACGUGACUGGGAAGACGGCGGGGUCGGUCGAGCAGAGGGAGCCGCCAAUCUUUACUGUGAUCUUUUUUCCCCUCUCAUGUCGGCGUCCCCAGGUUCACCUGUACAAACACACGAUCACAGCGCUGGCCGGCCUUCAUACGUGGGAAUCGGUGCGCUGCUGGAAGGUGUAAUGCACAGCGGCACUCUGACGGUCACGUAAGGCCCAGUGUUGGUGGUCCAUCAUUCUGGUUAUCUGCAAAAAAAACAAAAAAAAAAGAGCAAAACAUCUGUUCUGUGGUGUUUUUAAUCUAAAUGUUAUCACCGGGCUACGGAGGCGGUUCCAUUGCUUCUGAUCGUUUUAUCCGGCGUUAAAAAAAAAAAAAAAAAGGAGCGGACGUUCUGCAGGGACCUUCACACGAGUUAAAGUGACGCCAUUUUUAACCCUUAGAAGUGAAAACAACGGGGGAGCACUUUGCCUCUUAUACUCCUCGACUAACAAAAAAAAAACAUGUUUUUGUCUUUCUGGAAACGAUGGUGAUUAGCUGCGCUGAAGGCUUCAGUUCCUCGUACCGUGGCUGCGUUUAUACCUCCAUCUGUAGUCUGCGGCUCCCCCGGCGUCUGCGUCAAACACAUUUAUGCACAUUAUUUAUGUUGUAGGUUUUAAAGCGUGAGUUUCUAUGCCAAUGGAUUCAACAUUAAGCCUUUUGUAAAGUGUUUAUGCAAAGAGGUUUUUUUGUUUUUUUGUUUGUUGCUCCCCUUCAGGAAAGGUUCGUCUCUCGAUCGUAAGCCCUGACACUUUCCUGACUUUAUUUUUUCUUUUUUUUACCAUUUUUAUCCCAGUAAUUACUUUUGUCUAAUUAUUGCUGUACAGUUUCAUGUCUGUAAAUAAACUCAGAAAAUUGUGCUCUCUCCUCCAUUUAGGUAACGUUUUCUCUGCUCCUCUCACUAAUAAACCCACGUAGUCGUAGUAA